UGUUUGGACGUGUCCGUGCGCCUUAGUACGAAACUUAAAUCUUCGUGAUUCGUUCGGAGUCGAAGUCACCCACGCCGAAGCAGCGUCUCUUUUGGCUUCUUGCUGCCGCCAAAAAAAUAAAUAAAAUAAAAACCAAAAUCGUUUUUAUUUGAAGCAGCCGCGCGACGCGCGCUUUUCGAACCCAUCGAGUCGUCGUCUAACAUGAGCAGCGGACUGCGCGCCAACGAAUAGAGAGAAGCGGAUACGAAACGAAACGAAACCCUCCGAAAAGGUGGCUUAAUUAGAGAGAUUAUACAUAGAUAGUUUGUAGUAACCCGAAUCGAGGAAAUGGGUUUCAUUGCCGAUCGCAAGCCGCGUGUCAACAAGACGUUGAUUUCGCUCAAGUUUGUCGUAUUCUUCGUGAUCAGCGGAUUGACAGCAUUGCAUGUGCUGCAUGCCACCAAGCCGCUGCUUCUGGGGCUGAACUUCUCCGAGUAUCGCACCAUCAGCAUCAUCGCACCCUUUGUGUCCAUUUUGGGUCCAUUGAUUGCUGGUCCCUGGGCCGAUCGUUUGGCUGCCCGGAAUCCCAAUACCUUUGGCCGCACUCUGCGAGUGCUGACUGCCAUCUUCCUGCUGAUACCCGCUCUGAUCUACGCCUUCCUGUUUGCCAUUCCCGAGGUCAGCCGGUCGGAUGCCCACCAGCCGCAGGUCAGCUUCGGCUGCGAUGCCAGCGGCGCCUUUCUGUUCCAGGAGCGGUGUGGCGCCAAUGCCAGCUGCAGCCAGUGGGACCAGAAGGAGGGCAGCAUCAACCUGACGCGCUGCACCUACAGCUGCCAGAACCCCAAGCACUACGAGAACAUGUACCAGGUGUGGCUGGCGGAGGUCCCCACCCUGGCCCCCUCCACGGAGCAGAGUUCAGAGUUCGAGUACGACGAUGACGCGACCAGUGCCGUCACCGAGAGCCUGCGCUCCAAACGGGAAGUGGUGGACUCUGUGGACCCCGAUCCCGCCGACAGUGCCGGCAUUGAGUUGGUCAGUGCCGAGGCGGCCCGUCGGUCGAUUCGACAGACGAAGACACCACCCAAGAAGGUCUACGUCCAGCCUCCGCAUCUCUGCAUCACGCAGCGCAAUUCUCUGGGCCAGAACGUGGUCAAUCGCUGCCAUGCGUACACCGAGGACACGACUAGUGUUGUGAUGCAGGCCGUAAUGGGCUCUGCGAUCAGUCAGGAGGAGAAGAACGACGACUACGAGGGAUGGUGUCAGUAUCCAUUGGAGGGCUUCCAGUGCCACAUACCCGAAGAGCAGGUGAACUACAUGAAGGACUUGAAGAACGGCACCAACUGCAAGCCCAUGGUUGAGUGCCUGGUGGUGAAUCCUUACCACGACGAGAGCGUACUCUCGAACAGUGAGUGUGUGAAUACCACUGGCAGUGUUCAGGAUACCCUGGUGGGUUACACCAUAAUCCGCCUGCUGGGCGACAUCUUCUGCAUGGCUGCCCUCACCCUGCUGAACACCGCCAUCGUGAUUGCGGUACGUGAGACCUCCGAGGGACGUGGGGAGGUCUGCCGCCAGUAUGUGUGGGGUGCCAUUGGGUAUGUGCUGCUCUUCUCGCCGCUGGAUCUGUUCUUCUUCCAGCAGGAGCCUAAUCAGGAUGCAGCUCUGGUUGCCCUGAUCAUAUUCAUCGUGUGCUUUGUCCUGGGCGCCGUUGUCCUGCUCUGUGCCUCGCAGAUGCCGCUGAGUCCGCCCGAGUGGUGGUGGCACACCAAGACCGGCAUGCUGGUGGUGCCCAUGUCUGCCAUUCGUCGCUAUAGCCCCGAGAUCGUGGUGCUCACCCUGGUGUCCAUUCUGUUUGGUACUUUCUGGAGCAGCAUCCACAGCUUCCUGCGCUGGACCUUCUCCGAUGUGGAUGCUGUGUGCUACUCCGGCCUGGUCCUCGUGCUGGUGCUCUUCUUCAAUGUGGACAAGUUCAUCGAGUACUGCGGACACUCGAACAUAUUCAUUGCUGGAUUGGCCAUCUACGUGAUCCGUUUCACGGCCCUGAGCGAUGCCCAGACCCAGUGGCUGACCGUUGUCAUGGAGGCCAUAGAACCGGCCGUCAUUGGCCUGAUUUGGAUCACGAUCAUUCUGUAUAUGCGUCAUGCCAUGCCCAGGAAACUGACCGCCACUGGACAGGCCAUCGCUGUGCUGGCAUUCUUCGGAUUGGGCAAGGGCUUUGGUGCUCUGAUUGGAUUGGCGCGCGAUGAGAAGAAUCCCAAGCUGGAGGCCUGGCAAUGCACCUACCAAUGGCUGGCCAUUGUCGCUUGCAUCGUGGCUCUGAUCUACUUUGUGAUCUACAACCUGAUACUCGCCCCGCGCUGCACCGCCAAGCCGCAGCACUCCGAGGAGCUCAUCUCGGGCUCAGCCUCCCAGAAUCUAGGCGCCACCUCUCCCGGGAAUGGGGCCAGCAAUGGCAAUGGAGCGGGCAAUGGGGCCGGCGCUGGUGCCUCCCUCAAUGGCAAUGGGAAUGGCAGCUAUUCUCCUCUGAGGGUCUACCACAACGAGAGGGGGAAGAAGGGACAGUUUAGGUACUAAAAGGGGAGACAUAGAGAUGGAUGGGUGACAUAUUCCUUGGCUUUGUUUGGGAUUACGAGCCCAUCCGCCUCGCAUCUCGCUGCGAAUUCGAAUGAUAUUCUUAGUUUAUAAAUGUGUACACCACGCCUACUCGUCCUUCUGCACACCCGUCUCCCCCCGGCCCGCUUGAGGGCAACACUGCUAAUAGUUUGUAAUGCAUAUUUUUGCUAAGUGUAUACACCCAGAGAAAAGAAGAACAACCCAGAAAACAUAAACGAAAAACCACACAAUGAAAGAAUGAACUUUUUUAUAAAUCGCAUGUAGAACUUUUUUUUUUAUUUGUUAUUUAAUGCCAACUAAGCGAGUUCAUAAUUUU